AUGGUGCCCAAUGUUUACGCUCACGGCUCUCAAGAAGAAUCUAUGCCUUUUCAUAAAAAAGGUACUGAAGUCAAAGUUCUGAAUGAAAGCUGUUUGAAUUAUUAUUUGAUACAUACUACUUUAUUGUCAGGUUUGGAAUUCAGAGAUUCUGGAAAGCGUACUAGGUAUAAUGGCAAAGUUUGUCAACUUUUGGUGAGUACUUUUAUUUCAUUGUAGGAUAUUGCUCCCGGGCUCAAAAGCAAUAUCGUAAAUUCUGUUACGAUAUUGCUUUAGCACAGGGCAUUGCUAAUUUUUCUUAUAUAAAUAAAAUUUUUUCACACCCCGCAGUGUACAUUGCCUCGAGCAUUUACAGUCAAACCUCUGCACUAUGACACCAGGAGAUUGCACUAAAGUGCGAUUAUAGCCUCCGUGUCACGGUGUAAAUUUGACAUUUUUAGUUGACAUCUAGAAGAAUACUGAACUGUUUCAUGUGUGGUGCUGGACAUUGCACAAUUGUGGACGGUGAAGUCGCGUCGUAUGGCCAAAAGUUUGUGUUUUAUACUAAGAAACCUAGUCAAAUUGUUGCCUUCAACGCGCUUUAUGCUCCAAAGGAUGCCUACCUGCAAAUAUCGGAACAAGUAAAUUGUCCGGCACAAAGAUAUUUGAUUGAGAUGAUUUACAAAGCAAAAAGUAUGUUUUUUAAGUUAGCUUAAAACAAGGUUUGCCCAAGAAUCAGACAUGGGUGUCCAAAAAUUUCAAACUAUUUUAAAACCGUUUGUUUUGUGACAUGAGGUAGUACUUAAGCAUAGAAAUGCAAAAAGAUAAAAAUUUUUUUAAAAUUUGGAUUACGACAGGAUUUAAAAUUUUUUUUCUUAACUUUUGUACUUUCCAUAAGCCAAGGCAUAUAAGCACAAAUAUGUUAAUUUCCAGGCUUUAAAAUUUUUUUUUUAAUUUAAAAAAAAAUAAUUUUUUUAAAUUACAACUUCCCUAAGAUAGUAUAAAGGAAGUUGUUUGUAAACACUUAUAAAACUUGCAAUAUGUGCCACGCACCUUUUUUAACUAUUUUGGACCGAAUUACAUCCAAAUCCUCUGCUAAUGACCUUAGGGUUUCAACUUUAAAAAUUCGUGGCUACUGCAGGCUCCGCUGAAAUGACCCAAAAUUAAUGUCAUUAGAACCACAAUAUCAUGUAGUUAUACUACCUAUCGUCAAAAGUGUAUCACAUGUGAGGUGUUUUUGAGAAAUUUUAAAUUUAGUAAAAUUUUGAUGAUUUUUUUUGCAAAUUUUAAUUUUUUUUUCAAUGCCUUCCGGGCAUAAUAAAAAAAAUUGUCAACAGGUAAAAUGAAUGCCUUAUAGUGACAAACAUUUUAAAAAAAGUCCCAUUCAAUUCUAACAUUUAGUACAAAAUUUACAAAAAAAAAGUUUAAAUCCUACCGUAAUCCUACCGUAACCUGAAUUUUGAAUUUUUUUACAUUUUUGCAUUUCUAUUUCUAAGUACUACCUCUUGUCAAAAAAUGAACGGUUUUAAAAUAGUUUGAAAUUUUUGAACACCCCCAUUUGAGCCAUGUUCGAUUCUUAGGCGAACCUUGUUUUAAAAGUUAAAAUACUUUCUGUUCAAUUUUCCGUAGUCUUUUGUACCAAUGUAAAUUGUGGAAUACAAAGCAAUAAUGAAAGUAAUUUUAGAAUUGAACGUUAAAUUAUGGUUUUCUGUUUGCCUUCACACUCGUAUAGUACAGCAAGUUCUGGCCGAAGUCAAUUAUCAAAUAUAUGAUCAGUCGAGAGCUCCAGAUACUGAAAUGGGAGAUGAAUGGAAAUUUUAUGGAGUACCAUUAGCAAAGCCGAAAAAUUCUAAUACUAUCAAUAUAGCCGAUCAAUUGUGGAAGAACAAAGUGUUUCAUCACGUAGUGUCAGAACUAUGGUUUAGUAGAAAACCGCGUAAUUUGGCAAUUGCCGAUGCCUGUAAGUCUUCACAAAUGUUUGUGUUGGACUAAAGAAGUGUAUAUGAUUAAUGUUAGUACUAUACUAAAGAAUUGUUUAGAAGUUCUAUUCAUAACUCCUUAAUUGUUGGUUACUUCGUUAAAUUUUAGACUUGGCCGAAUUAUUUGACACUCAGUUUGCUACAGCGUCUUUGCAUUCCAUCAAAUUUUUGACCUUUUAUCAUUACCAUCCGUAAGUUUAUUUUUUACUUUUGAGGAACUUGUUCUGAGAAAGUUACUGUAACAGCGUAAACUGUAAAUUGUCGUUCUUACAUACUACCGUAUCUAACAUAAGUCAAAUUUUGCACAGUAACGGUUUUUGAUCUGCAUUUUCAUCUGGUAUAUUUAAUGUUUAACUUGAAUGCUUAGGUGUUCAAAAUUGCAUGCCAAUAAAAACUUUUAGGUUACCGUAAAGUUUUUGUUUCGAGAUUUUUGGCAGCUUAGAUCUCUUUACCACGUUUCUUAGAAUUUUUUUCUCUCCAAUUUGCUAUAUAACACUAGCCGUAAAUCAAUUUUCAUUAUGUGCCGAAACCUAGUUAAACAUUCGAUGUGAUAUUGUGUUUGUAAAAAACGACAACGAUUUAACAGUUUUGUUAACAGAUACAUUGUUAUAAAGUUAUUAAAACUUUUUUAAAAAGAAUAACGUAAACAUUUUUAGACUACCUCCACAAGUUCAAGAUAAAGAAUUUUACUGUGUUCUUCGAAUGUAUGAUAUGCUUGAUGAUGCCAUUUUUGACAUCUACAGGACAAUUCUAAGUGACUUUGAAAGAGUUUGUGUGAAGAAGCUAAUUUUUAAAGCAAAAUUGUACAUAGAUGCGAUUGGGUACGACAAAAUGAGACCUAUCUUUCAAAAGCUUUGCAAAGCACUUAACAAAAUGAAGCAGGUGGUGGCUGGUUAUAUGUUUGUGGAAUUUACAGGGGACGUUUGA